AUGGCCACCUCAGAGGUUCCCAAAACCUGCAAGGUCAUCACUGCAGAGACCAUUGCCAAGGGUCUCUUGACGGAGGUCAAGGAAACUCUGGUCAGGGUUCAAGGAACCAACCCGAAACAGCCCACGCUUGUUGCCUUUCUGGCCAACGGCGAUCCUGCUGCUGUCAAGUAUGCUGAGUGGUCAAAGAAGACUUGCGAAGACAAUGGCUUCAACUUUGACCUCCGAACUGUUGACAAGGAUCUUCUCGAGGAGGAGAUUAUGAAAGCUAACGAUGAUGAUAUCGUUGACGGCAUCAUUGUUUACUAUCCCAUCUUCCCGCAGAAUCCUACCCAUGACAAGUAUGUCCAAGAAACCGUAGAGCUUGCCAAGGACGUCGAGGGCAUGCGCCACAAGUAUCUGUACAACAUGUAUCACAAUGUACGGUUCUUGGAUCCCCCGGAAAACCGAAAGAAGUCAAUCCUUCCUUGCACUCCACUGGCAGUUGUCAAGAUUUUGGAGUAUCUUCAAAUCUACAACCCCAUUCUGGCUUCCGGAAACCGCCUCUUCGGCAAAACCAUUACCGUUAUCAACCGCUCCGAAGUCAACGGCCGACCUCUCGCAGCUUUGCUAGCCAACGAUGGCGCUACCGUCUACUCUGUUGACAUCACAGGCGUUCAGCUGUUCACCCGUGGCCAGGGAAUCAAGAAUCCGCGACACCAAGUCGAGGAUAAGGAGGGCUGGGGUUUGAAGGAGUGCCUCCCUCUCAGUGAUGUUGUCAUUGGAGGUGUUCCCGUCGAAUCCUUCAAGGUUCCCACGGAGCUUAUCCGUGAUGGUGCUGUAUGCAUUAACUUUUCCUCAUACAAGAACUUUGACGGACCGGCCAUCAAAGAGAAGGCCUCCAUAUAUGUCCCCUCUGUUGGCAAGGUCACAAUUGCUAUCUUGCUCCGCAACCUCGUGCGAUUGGUUGCGAACCGGCCGUCCAAGGACGAUGCUGACAAGAGCUUGAUCCAAGCUAAGACCGAGGCGUUUGCUGAUGAUUAG